AUGAUAACAAAACUGUUAAUAAUUUUCUGCGCAAUCGUUUACGGAUCAGCAGCACCUCACUGCAUAGAUUUGUGCACCCCAUCACUGAAUGCCCACACAUCAGAAUCACUGACAGCAUUCGGAACUCAUAGUUCUUUAGCCCAGCAGCAGAGUACUCUGCGUGAGCUUCAUCAAUCGUUAACAGACCAGCUCCAGUCUUCGCGACUUAACGUCAACUUCGACCAUCCUGGAAACUGGACUGACCAUAAAGAUUACCGAACCCCCGACGGAGCUGGACAAGUGCACGAGGAAGCUGGCCAGCUGGUAAACGGUGGUGCUCAAGUUCGUUACUACAAAAAAAACUACGCCGCUACCUACGGCACCGGGUCCAACAAUUUAGGACUCGGCCACAAUUUAAACAGCGAGAGUUUACUGCAAGAUGAUCUGUUACACUCUCGUAAUCUUGGACUUCAGUCUGCUCAGAAUUACGGACACGAGCAAAGUCGUUUAGACUCUUCAAGAUUCCAAGAAUCUACCAACACACAGUUGUACAAUGAUCGUGUCAAUGGUGCAAGUAAUGACAACUGGAGCAGAUUUAAUACCUACGGUGUCGAUGGCGGUCGUGGUAAAGUAUACGAAGAAGAGGGCCAGUACUCUCAAGGACCUGCUAAAGUCCGGUAUUACAAGAAAAAUUACACAUCUAGUUACACUUCCAGUGGAACACCAUUGGUCGUUCCAAUAAUUACUGACGUAACAAAUCUUGAAUCUCAAGCUCAACGACUUGAAUCGCAGUUGAAUCAACUCAGCAGAGACUCUCACCAUUCUCAAAGUAUUCACAGCGACAAUUCAGCCCAACAGACUGGAUACGGGCAAGUUUACACUCAAAAUAAUAAUCCCCAGCAUUACGACCGUCCACUAUCAACAGAGCAGAGGUACCAGCAUACUUCUCAACAGCAUCAGACUGUUAAAACCGGAGGCACUGGCUACAUUCCCGUACAACCUGUAACACACUUUAAUUAUGUAAUACCAGACACUGAGCUUGAGAAUGUUCAGACAAGUCAACAUACCAAUCAGCAGACAGUCCAGACACAGCAGACACAUCGAGCUGACAUUGAUGAGACGCAUCAUAAUCAGCAAGUAGGGGGUAUCGUUCGAGUUCCUCUGCACCGCAAUGAUUACGGCAGCAAUGUAAAUACUUACAGAGAAGAUUCUAGAACGCAAGAAACAUUAGCUGCAGAACAAGCUUUACGCAAUCAGCUAAGGGACAAUAUUCAGUAUGCAGCCGUUCAAGAUAUUCCAACGCAUUCAGGAAGGCGAGUCGAAGAGCAUUGGGAGUCUAAUUCUAGACAUAGAGUCGAGUCGACUAUCCCGCAUCACGUUGAAACUGUCCCGAUUGGAGGUGACCUAACUCAUCAGAGAAUUAGCCAAGGAUUAGGUUAUUCAAACCAGGCUAGCCAUGUGUCAGGUGGAUCUUCGGCUUCGUAUCAGCAUCAUGAGCAGUUUGGAAGCAGUGGAAGCUAUCGAGUUGGAGCUAUUGAUCUGGGACAUCAGGCUGCUGAUUGUGAUACUCUUGGUGGACAGCUUGGUCAGUACACAAAGAGACAUAAGAGAGACAUUGAGUUUGGACAGCAGAGGGAAAAUAGUGGGGGUUAUCCACAUUCGGGAUAUGGACAAAGUCAUGAAGGACAUCCUCAUCAAGAUAACGAUCGUCAUAGACAUCAUGGUAAUGGUUUUGAACAAAACAGUGGAAUAGAUAAUUUUUACCAGAAUCAGGAACGUUCUUAUCAAGACCAUAGACAUCAUGGUCAAGAUUAUGGUCAGCAUGGUCAAGAUUAUGGUCAGUAUGGUCAAGAUUAUGGUCAGUAUAAUCAGGAAAGAGGACAUGGACAUUCAGGGUAUGGACAGAAUUAUGAGCAACAGUCCCAUCGAAAUGAAAAUCGUCACAAACAUUAUGGUGAGGAUUACGGUCAGAGGUAUCGCAGAGAUGAGUAUCAUCAUCAAGAUCAUGAUCACAAGAGCCACGAAGGACAUCCACAUCAGGAUGAUGACCGCCAUAGACAUUUGAGCCGUGAUAAUGACUUUGAUAACAAUGGAGGUCAUAGUCAUGACCACCAAAGUCAUGAAGAAAACUCUCAUCAAGAUAAUGAUCGUCACAGACACUCUGAAGGAGAACAUCGUUAUAAGCGAGAAAGUCGGCGCUAUGAAGAUUUUGACCAGCAAACCAAUGCUGGAUUUGGAGAUUUGAGCCAGCAGACGACAGGAGAGUUUGACUUUGGACAGAAUACGGAAAAAUUGGCGCUUGAAAAGCAGAAUAUCGAAAAUUUGAAUCAAGAGGCUCAAAGAGUUGAUUUUUGGCAUAAACAGGCGAAGAAUUUAGAGUUUGGCCAACAAACAGAGGAUUUAUCUCAACAGACGCAUAACUUUGAUUUUGGUCAGCAAACAGAGGAUUUAUCUCAGCAGACGCAUAAAUUUGAUGAUUUGAGCCAACAUCAAUCAAGUGGUCAUGAGUUCGAUCGUCAUCAUCAUAAAUUGGAAACUGGAAAUUUGGAAUUUGGUCAACAAACAGAGGAUUUAUCUCAACAAACACAUGAUUUUGAUUUUGGUCAGCAAACAGAGGAUUUAUCUCAGCAGACGCAUAAAUUUGAUGAUUUGAGCAGCCAUCAUUCAAGUGGUCAUGACUUUGAUCGUCGUCAUCAUAAGUUGGAAACUGGAAAUUUGGAAUUUGGUCAACAAACAGAGGAUUUAUCUCAACAAACGCAUAAAUUCGAUGAUUUUCACCUUCCCCUUCGUCCAGUAGAAAGUCAUGAAUUUGGUCAGCAUCAUCAUGAAUUAGAGACUGGAAAUUUGGAAUUUGGUCAGCACACAGAGGAUUUGUCUCAGCAGACGCAUAAAUUAGAUGAUUUGAGCCACCAUCAAUCGAGUGAUCAUGAGUUUGAUCGUCGUCAUCAUAAAUUGGAAACUGGAAAUUUAGAAUUUGGUCAACAAACAGAGGAUUUAUCUCAACAAAAGCAUAACUUUGAUUUUGUUCAGCAAACAGAGGAUUUGUCUCAGCAGACGCAUAAAUUAGAUGAUUUGAGCCACCAUCAAUCGAGUGAUCAUGAGUUUGAUCGUCGUCAUCAUAAAUUGGAAACUGGAAAUUUAGAAUUUGGUCAACAAACAGAGGAUUUAUCUCAACAAAAGCAUAACUUUGAUUUUGUUCAGCAAACAGAGGAUUUGUCUCAGCAGACGCAUAAAUUAGAUGAUUUGAGCAGCCAUCAAUCAAGUGGUCAUGAGUAUGAUCGUCGUUAUCAUAAAUUGGAAACUGGAAAUUUGGAAUUUGGUCAACAAACUGAGGAUUUGUCUCAACAGACACAUAGUUUUGAUUUUGGGCAGCAAACAGAGGAUUUGUCUCAGCAGACGCAUAAAUUAGAUGAUUUGAGCCACCAUCAAUCGAGUAGUCAUGAGUUUGAUCGUCGUCAUCAUAAGUUAGUGACGGGAAACUUAGAGUUUGGACAACAAACAGAAGAUUUGUCUCAACAAUCUCAUAAAUUCGAUGAUUUUCAUCUUACCCUUCGUCCAGUAGAAAGUCAUGAACUUGGUCAGCAUCAUCAUGAAUUAGAGACUGGAAAUUUUGAAUUUGGUCAACAAACUGAAGACUUGUCUCAGCAGACACAUAACCUUGAUGAUUUUAACCAUCAUCAAUCCGGUACUCAUGAAUUUGAUCACCAUCAUCAUAAAUUAGAAACUGGAAAUUUGGAGUUUGGUCAACAAACAGAGGAUUUAUCUCAACAGACACAUAAUUUUGAAUUUGGUCAACAAACAGAGGAUCUGUCUCAGCAGACGCAUAAACUUGACGAUUUUAACCACCAUCAAGUAGGAACUCAUGAAUUUGAUCGCCAUCAUCACAAAUUAGAAACUGGAAAUCUAGAAUUUGGUCAACAAACAGAGGAUUUAUCUCAACAGACGCAUAAUUUUGAAUUUGGUCAACAAACAGAAGAUUUGUCUCAGCAAACGCACAAACUUGAUGACUUCAGCCAACACCAAUCAGAAAAUCAUGAGUUUGCUCAACAUCAUAAUCAGUUACAUACAGGUAACUUAGAAUUUGGCCAACAAACUGAAGAUUUAUCGCAACAAACUCAUAAAGUUGAUGAGUUCAGUCAGCAUCAAUCCGGAAAUCAUAAAUUUGGUCAACACGACAAUCAAUUACAAACUGGAAACUUAGAAUUUGGUCAACAAACUGGCUUCAACCCAUCAACAAAUUAUCCUCGAGAAUUCAAACCAGCACCUAAGCCAACUCCGAGACCUCUAAGAAUCGGUAAUCAACGAGGCGACAUUGAGCCAGAGUUAGUAAGUUCAGUGAAACCUGUAAUUUCAGUAAGACCAGUCAAAGGAGGCCGAGGUUAUACUCCUCGAGUACGACCAGCUCAAUACCAAAGUGACAUCCCAUCUACUGGCGUUUUGAGUCUCGAGGAACAGUCGCUAGCUCAAGAAUCAGGUAAUUCUUGGCAUCAGUCUCAUCAUCCAGGUGACUUGACGAAUGACAAUCAAGAGCAGCUAUCUCAAGUUGACUCAGUUACCUUACAGUCAAGAAUUUUGCAAGUUUAUGGUGGUAAAGGUCCCUACAAAGCUGGUAUUCAGGGAGACUACUCUGGUGUCAAGCCCAAUCCUUCGGCAACUCUAGAGCCUCAGUACUACGGCAACGAACCCUGGGAAAUCCGAGAAGUUGCUUCUGAAAAAUUUUCAGCUCGUAGUGCAGCACCUCUUGACACAGUACCUGAAUCAACAACUCCACUAUCCGAAACUACACCAUCUCCUGGAUUUUGGAAGAAAUUAGGUAACAAAAUCACUACCUCCUAUGAGAAGGCUAAAGACAAAUUAUCUAAUACCUUCGGUUAA